AUGAACUCAAUAUCUUCAAUUCCACUUUCUUUCCCAUUUGAUCCAAUUUCAUCAUUAAAAAAUAGUAAUAAUAUAAAUAACAAUAAUAAUAAUAAUAAUAAUAAUAAUAAUAAUAAUAAUAAUAAUAAUAAUAAUAAUAAUAAUAAUAAUAAUCAACAAAUUAAAUCAAAUAAAAGUUUAUUUUUUAAAGAAGAUGGUGACAAUGAAUUUUUAGUAUCAAGAAAAUUAAUUCCACCACCAUCUCUUGUUAUUCAAAAUACUAUCGAAUGUAGUAUUCUUUUAAAUAGUUUAAAUAAUUUAAAUAGUUUAAAUUAUAAUAAUAAUAAAAAUAAUAAUAAUAAUAAUUUUAAUAAUAGUAAUAAUAAUAAUAAUAAAAUUAUUUAUAACAUAACCAAUAAUGAUAAUGAUAAUAAUAAUUAUAACAACAACAACAAUAACAACAAUAACAACAAUAACAAUAAUAACAAUAAUAGAUAUUCACCAUAUUCUAAAAAAAUCCAAACAAGUCAAUUAUUAAAUAAUAAUAAUAAUAAUAAUAAUAAUAAUAAUAAUAUUGACAAUAAUAAAAAUAUUCAAUAUUUUAAUACUGCCGCAUUACAAGAAUUAAGAUCCAUUAUGUUAUUAGAACCAGUUUCACCAUCAUCAUCAGCUUCAUCCUCACCAAGAACUGAUACUUUUAAUUCACCAUCACAAUCACCAGAAAUUAUAUAUAAUAAUAAUAAUAAUAAUUUUGGUAGUAUUAAUAACAAUUAUUAUUAUAAUAAUAAUAAUAAUAACAACAACAACAACAACAACAACAACAACAACAACAACAAUAACAACAACAACAACAACAACAAUAAUAAUAAUAAUAUUUAUAAUAAUAAUAAUAAUAACAAUAACAGUAAUAAUAUUAAUAAUUUAAUUAUUCAAAAUUCAACAUGCGAUUCAUCUUCAUCAACCAAUUCAUCGCCUUUAUCAUCACCAAGUUUUUCAUCAAAUUAUGUUAAUAUAUUUACAAUUAAAAAUAAUAAUAAUAAUAACAAUAGUAAUAAUAUUAAUAAACAAACUGUAAAUAUAAAUUCACCAAAAAAAGUAAAUGUAAAUAAAUCAAAUGAAAUAAUAAAUACUUUAUCAACUUCAAUAUCACCAAUUCCAUGCCCAAUAACGACAUCAACAACAACAACAACAACAACAACAACAAUUACACCAAUUUAUAAAGAAUUAAAAUCAAAACAUAUUACACCAUUACAAAGUUUUUCAUUUAUUUUCCAUAACACAAUUGAAUAUUUAACAUUUGAAAUUUCAAAAAUAAGAAACUUUAGUUCAGCUUCAACAUUUUAUUUGGGAUCACGUUUUCCAAUCACAUUUAAAACCGUUGAAUCAUUUAUCAUUGUUUCAUUAUUUAUAAAUUCACAUUCAUUGGAUAGAAUUUCAGAUUAUUGGAGUACAACUCAAGCAAAAGCAUUCCCAGGUGUAUCUUUAAUUCCAAGAAUACUCUCAAGAAAUAAAUAUUUUGAAAUUAAAUCUUCACUUUCUCAUGUACUCUCAAUUGGUCUUUUGGAUAAUAUUCAAAAUAUUUUAUUUAAUGAUGUAUCUUUAAUUUUAAAAUCAAAUGACUCAAAUAAUAAUAAUAAUAAUAAUAAUAAUAAAAAUAAUGAAAAUGGUGUUGUAAAUAUUUUAAAUAGUUUAAAUAAAGAUUCAAAUUCAACUACAAAUAAUUCUACAACAACAACAACUACAAAUAAUAAAUUUAAAACACCAGUUAAACAUAGAAAUUCAACUAAAGAAUUGGCUGCUUUUAAUUUAAUACUAGAAUAUGGUUUAAGUAAUUCAAUUGAUCUCUUUACAAGUAAUCGUCAAUGUUUUACAACUGUUCCGCAAUUUGUUGAAACUUUAACUGAACAAAUUAGUUCUGAAGAAAAUAAUAAUAAUAAUAAUACUGCCACCAAUAAUAAUACUACCACUAAUAAUAAUAAUAAUAAUAAUAAUAAUAAUAAUAAUAAUAAUAAUAAUAAUAAUAAUAAUAAUAAUAAUAAUAAUAAUAAUAAUAAUAAUAAUAAUAAUAAUAAUAAUAAUAAUAAUAAUAAUAAUAAUAAUAAUAAUAAUAAUAAUAAUAAUAAUAACAAUACUGCUACUAAAUUAAAUAGUAAUAAUGGUAUCUCUGAUAAUCAAAAUCACGUUCUUUUAACAGUACACAAGAAAAAGAUGUGUUUUGGUUGCAAGUAUCCAGUGAAUAGUGCCAAUAAUAAUACUACUACUAAUAAUAAUAUUACUGCCAGUCAAUUAUCAACUCUUAAAUGUUCAAAAUGUCAUUUACAUUAUUGUGAAUCAUGUUUUAAUGUGGCUCAUAAUUAUAUCAAUAAUAUAAAUAAUAAUAAUUAA